CUCUCAGAGAACUGAACAGAAGACACACAGCCAUGGCGCCUGUAAUCAGUGGACCACUGAUUCACACUAGAGAACAACUUCCAUUUACAAAUAAGCUGAGAAAGCCAAUCGUGGAGAAGAUCCGCAGGGAGCGUACCAAGCUCAAGUCUCUUCUGGGUCAAGAGUUCCUGACGCAACAGCCCAACUCCAGACAGGAGAAAGCUGAUAUCCUGGAGAUGACGGUUGAUUUCUUGAGACGAAAGCAGCAGAAUCCCUCCGCCUGCUCCACUGCAGCUCAUGAGGGCUACUCCAGAUGUGUGCAGGAGGCCGUCAACUUCCUGUCUCAGUGUCAAGUGCAGACUCAGUCCCAUACAAGACUGCUGAAGCACUUCUUCAACAUGCAGCCUUCUGCAGAGACGAGCACAAUUGUCCUGCCUCAGCUCAAUUCACCAGCCUGCCAGACCAGCAGCAAAGAGCAAACUCCAGUCUGCUGUGGACUCUGGAGACCCUGGUAGAGUCUCAAGGACACCUUAUGAUUUAUGAAACAGAAUUCAAAAUCCCAGUCUGAGAUUGGCAUGGAGUAAAAUUGUAAUGUAGGAAUUUAUUUCCACUUCUGCUGCAUUUACAGAAUGCUUUAAUUACUUUCAGAGAAAGUAUGUAAUUUUUUUUAAACUGUAUGACCGGUAAUAUUUUGUCAGAAUAUAUAGAAUAGUUUUUCAUGUUAAAUUAUUAUUACAUUCAUGAAAAAUAUGGUACAACAUAUUUGGUCAUAGAAAAGUUAAAGUCUGAUUCAGACGUUUGAGCUCUUGCAGGCCUUUCACCCAUAUUGGGUUUUUACUUUCAGCAUCUGAAGGAUGUUUAAACUGCUUCCGUUUACUGAAAGCAUGUGAUAUAUAUAUUUCUAUUGUUUGAAACUUCCAAUGCUUCUCUUAUUAUAUAAGAAAUAUUUCUUCUUUGAAGAUAUUUUACUCUGUGUGGAAAGCACAAAUGCUUGAUGUUACUGUUUGCAUGUGUUUACAUGAAUUCAGACU